AUGACUCUGAGCUCCGGCAUGUCGGAGGCGUCCGCGCUCUCGGAGGACACGGACAUCGACGUGGUGGGCGAGGGCGACGAAUGCGAGGGGCGCGCGCGCGCCUACGCCAGCGAGGUGGCGCGCAUGCGCGCCGGCAGCGGCGGGGACGACGACGACGAGCACGCGCUGCUCACCGGCUCGCCGCCGUGCGCGGACAUCUCGGUGGCGUCCGUGGCGUCGGCCUCGUCGGCGUGCCGGCCGGCGGGCAAGAGCGCGCUGGUCAAGCCGCCCUACUCAUACAUCGCGCUCAUCACCAUGGCCAUCCUGCAGAGCCCCAAGAAGAGGCUCACGCUCAGCGAGAUCUGCGACUUCAUCAGCGGCCGCUUCCCGUACUACCGCGAGAAGUUCCCCGCGUGGCAGAACUCCAUCCGCCACAACCUGUCGCUUAACGACUGCUUCGUGAAGAUCCCGCGCGAGCCGGGCAACCCGGGCAAGGGCAACUACUGGACGCUGGACCCUGAAUCGGCCGACAUGUUCGACAACGGCAGCUUCCUGCGGCGACGCAAGCGCUUCAAACGGCAGCACCCGCCCGAGCUGCUGCGCGAGCACGCCGCCGCCGCCGCCGCCGCAGCUGCCGCCGCUGCCGCCGCCUUCCUCCCGGGCCACGCGCACGGGCCCUAUGCCUACGGACCUUACGGCGCUUGCGGCGGCUACGGCCUCGCACUGCCGCCCUACCACGCGCACUCCGCGCUCUUCGCCUUCCAACAGCAGCAGCAGCAACAACAGCAACAACAGCCGCCGCCGCCUCCUCCCCCGCCGCAUCCCGCGCCCACCCGCCACGGAGGCACCCUCAUCCCCGCGCCUUCCCUCAUGCCCGCCACGGCCGAGCUCGCGCGCUCCCGCUUCUACCCGCCUUUGAGCCCGGGUCUCUCGUCGCCCCCUCCGCCGGUGCACACCGCCCCCAAGUCUUCCCCGUUCUCCAUCGAGAGCCUGAUAGGGAGCAGCUUGCAGCCGCAACAACAACGGACUUCCCCCGGGGUCACGGCACCGCCCGUGCCGCUUAUUCCGCAGCAUUCUCCCGGAGGCGCGAGCCGUGCUGCGGCCGUGCUGGACGCCUUCGCGGGCCGGAUGAUCAGCGGCACGAGCGGCUGUUAAAAUUGCAAACUCUUUUUUAAAAAAAAACAAAAAAGACGAGACAAACAGAGACAGAGACACACACAAACGCUCCCUGUGUUUAAGGUAGGAUUAUUUUUGUAUCGUUUUUGAUUGUUUUCUUUUCUUUAUUGUUUUUUUUAUUGUUUUGUUUUGUUAAACGCAGCUGAAUCAUGGACAUUAACAAGCCUCGUGCCUAUAUUCAAGCUGUGAAAAUAUAAGAUAUAUAUUUAUGUUUUUAACAUUUUAGUUCGAGCUACUUUUCAUCCCCAGUUUGAUUCUAAUAAAGUGCAGGGCAUCUCAGGAUAACUGCGAGGGUUCUCUCUCUCUCUCUCUCUCUC